UUUAAUUCGAAGUUAAGAUAAAAAUGCCUUCUUUUUCGAAUGCAAGUCUCAUGCACACGAAUUCUGAUUCUAGAGAAUGUGGGGAUGUUUAAUGGUAGUGUGAUUAGAUAUUGGCGUUGACUUGCUAGUUGAAGCAGAACAUUUUCCCGAAACAAACCCAAUUUGCAUAGCAACAAUUAUUCUCUUCUUGUUGCCCAUCUGUUGAGUCUUCAUCCUUCAACUUCAUAUUAUUUUAUUAGAUUCUUUUUAUUUUUUAUUAUAUAAAUUUUUAAUUAAAAUGUGAAAAUAUGGCAUCUCUAUAAAGUGAGAACCAUUGUGGCGACAUAUAAGUCUUCCAGUUAUUGAAGUUUACUCAUCCAACUAAACUCUCACCGAACAAGAAGUCAGAUGGAACAAGGGAGCGCCGAAACCAUGUCGUCGUUAAUGACGGAUUUUUUGCGGAAGGUGGGUGGAACCGCCGUGAUAGAUGGUGGACUUGCCACGGAACUCGAACGUUACGGCGCUGACCUCAACGAUCCUUUGUGGAGCGCCAAGUGUCUUCUCACUUCCCCUCACCUCAUUCACCAGGUGCAUUUGGACUAUCUUGAAGCUGGUGCAGAUAUUAUAAUCACAGCGUCGUAUCAGGCCACCAUCCAGGGUUUUGAGAAGAAAGGCUUCUCUAGAGAAAAAAGUGAGGCCAUGCUCAGAAAAUGUGUCGAAAUCGCUUGUGAGGCACGUGAUAUGUAUUAUAAGAGAUGCAGUGAAAAUGCUGGUGAUGGCAUUGGAGAGAGUAGAGUUCUUAAACAUCGUCCAAUUUUAGUUGCAGCAUCUGUGGGAAGUUAUGGAGCAUAUUUGGCUGAUGGAUCUGAGUACAGUGGAAACUAUGGCAAUGCAAUCACUCUAGAAGUUUUGAAAGAUUUUCAUCGCAGAAGGGUUCAGAUACUGGUGGAUUCAGCCCCUGACAUCCUAGCAUUUGAAACAGUUCCGAAUAAGCUUGAAGCUCAGGCUUAUGCUGAGCUAUUAGAAGAAGAGGACAUAAAAAUUCCCGCUUGGUUUUCUUUUAACUCUAAGGAUGGUGUCAAUGUGGUUAGUGGUGAUUCUAUACUUGAAUGUGCUUCAAUUGCUGAAUCAUGCAGAAAAGUAGUUGCUGUAGGAAUCAACUGCACACCUCCUAGAUUUAUUGAUGGGCUGAUUUUGGCUAUUAAGGGGGUGACUACUAAACCGAUACUCAUAUAUCCCAACAGUGGCGAAUUUUAUGAUGCUGAUCAGAAGAAGUGGAUGGUGAGUUUUGUUUUGCAAAACACUCGGGUUUCAGAUGAAGAUUUUGUGUCUUACAUAAGUAAAUGGUGCGAGGCUGGGGCUUCCCUUGUGGGUGGUUGCUGUAGAACAACUCCAAAUACUAUCAGAGCCAUAUACAGGACCCUUGCCCAUAGAUCUCCUGAUGUGCCCUUGUUGCAACCACAGUGCUCAUGAAGAGAGUAGAGAUAAAUCGUGCCGGGAGGCAGGAGGGAUUUUAAUUACUUGAGCUUUUAUAGCUUUCCCAUUCAUUUGACAGCAGAAUGUGAACCUGACUUCAGACCUUGUGCUUAAAGAUUUCUGCUUUCAAGAAUGAGGUUUAGGCAGUGCAUCUGUAUCAUCUUUUGAGAAGUAAAAUUGCCGAUAAUUGCUUAUGUACGGUACAAACAUCCCAUAUAAGUUAAUGCUUGGUCCAAACUCCGAAUGAAGUUGCCUUUUUGUGA